UUGAAAGUGAAAGUGAAUACAAAUGACAAUACAUUAAACAAUGUAUUAGUAUGUUGUGAUUGUGAAAAAUCCUUUGAAUUAAGAGACGAUUUAGAAAUUCAUUUGCUUAAACAUCAAAAGUUUGAUGAUUUGAUUUGCCCCAAGUGCUCAAAGUCUUUUGGGAAUGUACACAAUUUAAAAAGACAUUUAAAUAUACAUAUGGUUAACAAACCGUAUAAAUGCGAUUUGUGCGAGAAAAGUUUUGCUGGACCAGGCGAUCGAAAUCGUCAUUUACGAACUCAUACAGGUGAGCGACCGUACAUAUGCCAAACAUGUGGAAAACGAUUUCCAGAUUCUAGUGGAUUAUCACAACAUAUGAAAUAUCAUAGUAAAGUUAAAAGUUACGUAUGUUCAAUUUGUUCCAAAGGUUUUGUGUUUCCAUCUGAACUUCAAAUGCAUAUACGUGUGCAUACCGGUGAAAAACCGUUUUUAUGUACUGAAUGUGGAGAGAGCUUUGGUCAAUCCUACAGCUUAACUAAACAUAAAAGAAAACACACUGGAGAACGUCCUCAUGCAUGUACAGAGUGUGAUAAGACUUUUCGAUUAAAAGAACACCUAAAAUUUCAUAUACGAACACAUACAGGCUACAAACCACAUGUAUGUAAAAUUUGUAAAAUUGGAUUUGCCAGACCCGAAUACCUUGUUAUACAUUUUCGAACUCAUACUGGAGAGAGACCUUAUGCUUGCAAUAUCUGUGAAAAGGCUUUUAAGUCAAGUAAAUGUUUAAAACAACAUAAACGAACACACAAUAUUAAAAAUUGAAAAUAAAUUGUUCACUAACAAUAACGAUACAAUGUUAUUCAUUAUCGAUAACAAAAAUUUAUUAUAAUUUAUUAUAAUAAUAGCGUAAACGGAAACAUGUAAAUUCGUGGUCUUUGUUGGGGAAGUUUGUCACUACUCUUGCAAUGAGUGUGAAAUCAUCUUUCAUCAUAAAUUAAGUAGGAAGGAGUUACUUUACAUUACGUUACAUAAGUAUAAGGGGUAAAAAGGGGUUACGUUGCGAAGUGGGGUUUGUCACAACAUAAAAGAAAUCAUAAUCAAAGAAAAUGAAAUGUUAACUCACAUCGUAGUAUCUUAAAAUGAAAUAAUGUUGAAUAUACAGUGUGUCCCCGGA